AUGGUGGUGGCAGCUGGGACUACUGCUGGCUGCUGGCUGUUGGCUGCGACCGCUGGUGGCUGCUGGCUGCGACCGCUGGUGGCUGCUGGCGGCGACCGCUGGUGGCUGCGACUGCUGGUGGCUGCGACCACUGGGGGCUGCUGGUGGGGACCGGUGCUGGUGGGGACUGCUGCUGGCUGCUGGUGGGGACCGCUGCUGGCUGGACUGCUGCACGCCGACGGGCUGGCUGGUUGGCUGGCUGGCUGCACUAAUCGAAGUGCUAGGUGUUCCACGUGCGAGCCAGCCAGCCAGCCAGCCAGCCAGCCAGCCAGCCCAGCCGAGCAGAACCGUAGUGGUCCAGCAGCAGCAGCAGCAGCAGCAGCGGUCCCGGUCCCGGCCUGCAGCAGCGGUCCCGCCGGCAGCAGCCAGCCAGUCCUCCAGCACCAGCAGCAGCAACAGCAGCAGCAGCAACAGCAGCGGCAGCGGUCCAGCCAACAGUAG